AUGUCAGUAUCUAAAAAAUUUUUAGAACAAUUCUUGUAUGGAAUCAAUUAUCCGCAUUUCGGGUCCACAAUCAGUGAAGAGGAUGUACAACACCUGACUGAGAUUGAAGAGAAGCUCGCUAAAGUGGAAGAGGCCUCGCGAAGUGCUUCACCCACUCCAGACCCUCCACCACCCGCGCCCGCUCCACCGCCCUUUCAAAAACGUCAUUCCUUGUUACGACAUGAAAAAGGUGCGCAUACUGUGGCUUUUUUUAAAGAGAAAAUUUCCUUCAAGAAUCAGCCGCAACAGGCAAAACAACAAAUGACUAGCUGUAAGUCCUGA